CCCAUCAGAUGGCUUCUCAUGCGCCCACAGGCGGCAUCGUGCCCGCGCAGCUGGGCUUCCUCGCCAUCUACAACCCGUCGCUGGGCCAGACGGACGAGACCAUCGACGACCAGAUCGUCUACUACGCCUCCGUGUCCACGCAGUCCUCCGGCCGCAGGCACCGCCGCCGCCGCGCGCGCACCAGCCGGCCGACGGACGGCAUCUCCCAGGAGGAGCGCCACGAGCGGCUGCGCCAGAUUGGGCUCGCGCAGGGCAUGGUCAACUUCAGCCGCGGCUUCUCCGACGGCGCGCCGGUGGACGCCAUCGAGACGGAGAAGUCGAGGGUGAUUGCGCAUGAGCUGGAGCCGGGAUGGUGGAUUCUUGCUAGCAUCGACUUGAACAAAGUACCUCUGCCCCCGCGGCUGCCCACGAAGACGGGCGAGCAGCAGGAGGAGAGAUACGAGUAUUCCAGCCGCGAGAUGAAGCCUUCUACGCUGCUGCUCACGGAUCUCUUGCGGGCGCACAGCAUCUUUCUCUUGCAUCAUGGCUCGUCGCUGAGCGCCUUGUUUGUUCGAUACCGCCGAGUCAAGUUCAUUGCGCUGCUCAGCCGCUACUGGGAUCUGUUCCUCUCCACCUGGAAUGUCAUGCUGCACGGGAACCCAGCAAGGGACAUGUUUGGCGGCAUCAACCUGGCCGCGUCUGGUGAGCUCGGCGUCGGCGUCGGCGAGGAAGAUCGUGGGAGCGGGGAGCGGGAGGUGCUCGAGGGCUUGGUGAGCAGAGUCGAGGGGCUUGUCGACCUUGUGGUCUCGAGGUUCGGGCCCGACGACGCUGAGUCAAAUUCAGGCAAGUCGGAUAAGGCUGGUGCAGAGCCAUGGCUGGGAACUGGUAAAGAGCCCAGUGUCGAGGACGGCGCCAUAUUCCUCGGAACGGGAGCAGUGUCACGAAAGUCUCUACGAGAUGUAGCACAUUGGAUGGAGGAUCUAUAUACUUGGGGCGAGCACGCUUAUGGCAUCAUUGAGAGCCCAACUUCAACGCGGCGCGCUCGAGGCAAGAAGUCGACAUCGAAGGCGGCGGAUCCAGCUGAGAGCCGGUCUCCUACAAAGGCAGAUGCUGCAACGGAACCUGCGCGAGAAGCAGGCGAAUCGGCGAGCGCUGCCCAAGAUGCUCAGCCGAAACAAGAGGGGGGUGAGUCGACUGACACAACUCCCGACCACGACGCUGGAAGGCUCGACAAGAUGGUCAGCUACUUGACCUUGGGAUACGGGUCGUAUUGGUCAUUUCCUGGCAGCGGCGGCAACUCGGCAGAGGCAGCCGUCCAACAACCUGCCAUCGGAGACAAGUCGCAUGCCAGAAAUGCAUCGGAAUCGCACGUCAAAUCACCAAAGCAGCCGUCUUCCUUCGGUUCAUCCGGCCACUUCUUGAUCGGUCUGAAAGGCGACAUUGAGGAAGAUGUCCCAGCUGCUGGUACCGAUGCUGAAGCGCUCAUCGGUUCGGACGAUGCCGAGGAAGAGGACGACAACAACUCCCGCACCGUUGUGCGCACUCUCCACGUCGAGCUUUCGAGCCACGCUGCCGAGCACCGGCCAGACGGCACCGUCAAGCGGGACUUUGAGAACGAAGCCAACCCGCUGACCCGGUCCCAGGCGGUGGGCGGCGUGCCCGCCGGCUACGACUCGCACGACGUCAACAUGGCGGAGAAGCUCCGCGUCGUCGUCUACGUCAACAAGCCCUUCAUCUUCACCUUUCUGUUCCGCCUCCGCACCGACUCGCUCGCCUGGGACACGCUCUACCGCUCCCUGCACUACCAGCUGGCGCCUCUGAGGAAGCCCCUGCUGGCAUCGACCAGGUACCGUCCCGAGCGCCCCGUCGCCGGGCCUGUGUCGUCGCAUGCCAUCCAGGACCUCGUAUGGGAUCCGCCCUCGCUCACCGUCCACUCGUCGAUCCCCAACAUCCCGGACUUCUUCCCCGACGCGGCGGCCUCUCCUUGGUCGUCGUCGUCUGCCGCUUCAUCAUCUGCGCCCUCGUCGCCGGCGUGGUCCCGCGCGGAUGCCGUAAGCACGCACCUGCAUCUACUCAACAUCUACGCCGCGACGCGCUCUCGUAUCGCCGACGUCGAGCGCACCCAGAAGACGAACCGCGGGUGGUGGAUCGUCUGGACCCGCGUCCUCCAGCGCAGCACCGCCGCGACGACCCCUUCCACCGCCACCACCACCACCACUGCCACGGCACCGCCGCCGCUAUCCACCAUCCACGAGACGGCCGCAGCAUCCUCGUCAUCCCUGAAAGUGCAGGCAGAAGACCAUGGAGAAGAAGGAAACAACAACAACAACAACAAAGCCCCUUCGUCUCCUCCCCGCCCCUCCUCUUCCUCCUCCACCUCAUCGUCAUCACACUCGCCUCCUCCUGUCGUCGCCAAAGAAAUCUUCCUCCUACGCCGCGCGAGCGAUCACAUUGGCUUCCGCAUGGCGUCUUCCGACGAGGGCGCGUCCGGGGCCGGCGAGGGCAUGGGGCGGCUGGCGCAGGGCAUUGGCGUCGAUACGAGGCGGUAUGUCGAGGAGCUUCUGACGUUGCUGUGAA